UUGGGACAAAUUUUUUUCCCAAAAUGGACUUAUAAAUUGAGACGGAGGGAGUAACAACCCAACACUAUUAUCAAAAAACAAUCAACAAUGUCAGCUCUGAAUUCACAUUUUGUGCUCAUUGAUGUCCACAAUUCAUGGCACUCAGCAACCCAUAUCCCAUCUGCAACUCUGGCUUACCUCAAUGCUGUGUCUAAAUUCUCGACUUUCUCUGCGGCAAAUCGUCGAACAGGUGGUAGUCAUGUGAAGGUUUCGUCGUGUAAUUCGUCUGAGGUUAUCAGAUCGCCGGAAAUUCGUCGACCCAGGGAUAAUUGGUCGGCUCCGGGAAAUGGGUUGUCGUCGGUUUCUUCGAAUACGGUUUCUACUUCGGGAUCAGAGUCUGUUCCGGAACUCAACUUGUUUCUGGAAUUGGUGCCUCUAAGAAUGAGAAAUGAGCUGUAUCGGCAUCAAGAAAUUGGUGAUUUGAUUGAAAUAGUGAUGGAUUUGGGAAGGGUUCCUCUUGCUAGGUUCCCGUCUGGAGAUUGGGUGAUUUCGGAACAGCCCGUGAAGCUAGAAGAUUUACAGCAUGCCAUUUCAAAGGUUGGUGACUUUUCUGAUGACAAUCGAUCUGGUAUUAAUAAUUCUUUGCAUCGCAUAAGUGCUAUUCGAAACCGUAAAAUGCAAAUCAUAGGCCUCACCUGCCGAGUAGGUCGAGCUGUUUCUGGAAGUGCUGAAAUUAUUAGAGACUUGAUUGAAGGAGGUGGUUCCAUCUUGGUUAUAGGACCUCCUGGAGUUGGCAAGACAACCUUGAUCAGAGAAAUCGCCAGAAUGCUUGCAGAUGAGCGGAAGAAAAGAGUGGUUAUUAUAGACACAUCGAAUGAGAUUGGAGGCGAUGGAGAUGUUCCUCAUUCUGGAAUAGGCCGUGCGAGAAGGAUGCAAGUUCCAAAUGUCAAUAUGCAGCACAAUGUGAUGAUUGAAGCUGUUGAAAAUCAUACCCCCCAAACCAUUAUAAUUGAUGAAAUUGGAACAGAGCUUGAAGCAUUGGCAGCUAGUACAAUAUCACAGAGAGGAGUUCAACUAGUUGGAACUGCACAUGGGAUGACUAUAGAUAAUAUAAUGAAAAAUCCCUCUCUUCAGAUUCUUGUAGGAGGCAUAGAGAGUGUCACCCUUGGAGACGAGGAGGCGAGAAAAAGGAAGGUACAGAAAACAAUUCUUGAGAGGAAAGGGCCUCCGACAUUUACAUGUGCUGUUGAAAUGAUAUCUAGAACUGAAUGUCGUGUUCAUCACAGAUUAGACGCAACAGUUGAUGCUUUGCUUAAAGGAAAAUCCCCUCUGUUUGAAAUUCGUCACAUGGAUGCUGAAGCUAAUAAUAAGUAUUUGGAAUUUACUUCAACACCGGAACUUAGUCGUCUAGAGUCUGGCUUGCUUAACGACGUAAAAGGACUGGAAACAGAAUCUGAUGAUGAAGAUUUUUCUGGUUCUAUAGAAACAAGCUCUAAUGCAGAGCGCAAGAGAAGCUCCCCUGUGUAUGUCUACACUUACAAGAUCCUGGAAGCUGAGUUACAACAGGUAGCAGCAGUGAUGGGACUAGAGGAUGAAAUUUUUGUCACGGAAGACAUUGGCCUGGCUGAUGCCCUUCUAGCAACUAGUUCUGAACUGAAACAGAAUCCUUGGAUCCGCAGUGUAGCAAAAUUUCAAAAGUUGCCUGUAUUUGUUAUUAAGUCAAGUAACAUGGCACAAAUGGUCAAGGCUAUCCGCAUGAUUUUGGAGAAGUUUUCCUUUGUUGCCAAAUCUAAGAAACCGGUAAAGGGUUCUCCUGACUUUGAAAUUGAAGAUGAUGCACCAAAAAGGAAACCAUCACUGGAGGAGAUUGAUGCCUUGGAGGAGGUACGUCUUGCGAUUGAGUAUAUUGUUAUUCCCGGAGGUGAGCCCGUAGAACUUCUUCCGAGACGUUCUGAGAUUUUUGCCCUACAACUUGAGCUUGUCGAGAGCUAUCAGCUAGCAGUGGAGAAUACAGGUACUGAGAUGAAUCCAAGAAUGCAGAUCCUUCCUCACAAGUUAAACAAAAGAACUUCCGCAAAUAACUCUAAACGCAGCGCAAGUCUGCAAGAAGGUUUUAGCAUUCAAGCAGUCCCUAACAAAGGUGUUGGAACUAGUGUUCCCCAGCUACCCCUUCUGCCUGAAUAAUUUCAUCAACCAUUACAAACUUCUUCAACAUUUGGUUGAAGCAUUUCUUACUAAAUGUACAGUCUUGUAAAUUGUAUAUUAUGUAUAUACAACACUGCUGUAUUUGUCUAUUUAUUGUAAUCCCACGAGCUCUCUUGAGCUUCUUGUCUUGUGAAUAUAUUUAAGUUCAUAGUUGAAGUUUCGACGCAGUA